UUCAUAAAUUGUAAUAUCAGGGGAAUGGAAUGUGCAACUUAAUAUAAUGAUAAAAAAAGGCGGCAAGUUAACCACGAAAAAUUCAUUUUAAUUAAAUUUUUAAACGAAAGCUGUAAAAAAAAUGUGUGGUGGCUUUAAAUGAAAGAUAAUUAAUCUGGUGGUUUUUGGGGUCCAGUUAUAGAAUGCUGCGGGCGUUCGAAAAUGACGUAAUAAAAUAAUAAUGCGGCAGAUUGAUAAUUUUUCAUGUUAGUUGAUUAAAAUCGAAACUGGAUCAUGUUAGUGUUUGUAGUUUGUUAGAUAAGUGAUUGAAUUGAAGGGUACAAGGGCUAAAAAUUGCGGUCAUAGAAAGGAAACCAAAUGAGGUGUAAUGGAUAAAAAUGUGUUAGUUGUUUUGUGUUUUAUGAGAGUUGGUUGAUAAACAGAAUAAUUACUGGUGAUGUAUGUGAUGUUAAUUCGUAAUUAAAACAAUUUAGUGCGAGCAAAAAUCGUGCGUCGGUGUGGUUUGGCCGAUAAGUAUGAUAAAUCAAAUCUUGUGAUUGAAAACAUCGCGAUAACUACUUAGUGUGUUGAAUGCUCUCAGAAUCGCGCAAGGUAAUAUUAAUGAGAGCAUUGUGUAAUAUAAAAUAAAUACUCCAAUUGUGUCCUUCAUUCUAUGUGCAUAAUCGGAAUUCAGUUAUCUCCUCAAAAACUAAAUGGCCAACAGUCUGUGUUUGCAUUGUCGUAAAGUAUCAGUGGAUUUUUUUGUUUUCAAUUGGAUUCGAGUCGUGUUUAAUGAUAAGUUUUUAUCUGGUAAAUCAUCAGCUGUUCGCAUACCGUUUUAGACUUUCAGGCACGUGUUCGCGCUAAGCGAUUCAGUGUUGUUUCGAGUUUUCUCUUAAAAAAUGUCCAACGACAAUAAGCAAAUGAACAUUGAUGUGCAAGAACCGCUGUUAGAAAACUCCGGAAAAAAACAGGCAACGCAAAAAAAUGACGCCGAAUCCAACAAUCUACAUAAACAUAAGUCAAACGAUAUGGAAAGAAAACGAACAAAAAGUGUGGCAAUAAUAGCUGAAAAGGAUGAGAAAAAAAUGGAUAAAUGGAAACUGGUGCCUCCCGACGGUGGAUGGGGUUGGUUAGUACUUUUCGGCUCCACUCUAGUCAACGUCUUAGUGCCAGGCACAGUAAAGUCUUUUGGUGUUUUAAAAGUCGAAUUCGAAGAUGCCCUCAACGCGACACCCGACGAUGCAGCAUGGGUCGCAGCAAUUUGUUACUUCCUCUACAGCUCUCUAGGUCCCUUGUCCAGCAUUUUAUCUGUCAAAUAUUCAUACCGAACUGUUACUCUAAUCGGAGGGACUUUUGCAGCGGUCGGCAUGAUAUUAAGUUUUUUUGCAAAUUCGGUGGCAUAUCUUUGCAUCAGUUAUGGUGUCUUAGUUGGGACCGGUGCUGGACUCUCCUUCCCACCAACAGUGUAUAUUGUCACUAGUUACUUUGUGAGACUUCGAGGCUUAGCAAACGGUCUAUGCAUAUCAGGAUCGGCUCUAGGUUCAAUUAUUUUACCACCAGUACUUGAUUUGCUAUUAGGAAUAUACGGAUAUAGAGGUGCUGUUUUACUCAUGGGGGGAGUCACCUUGAACGUGUGGGUGGCAGCAUUGUUCUACGACCCGGUGGAAAAACACAUGAAAAAAGUCCCGAUCGAAUCAAAAGAUUCCGAGUCGGAAGAAGUAAGUCCUCUAAAGCCAAAAUUCGUGAUUAGUACGGAAGACAGUAUGGCGUCUUUGCAACACAUUCCACACAACGAUUCUUUUUUGGAGAAUCUAGAUAUUUCAUCGAACAAUUUUAACAGGAGUGUCUCAAGUGCCGCUAUGCAAAAUUUCAAGGCUCCGACUAGUCGGGAAAGGAAAAUCAGUAUGCCCACUGGUCGUAACGAAUUAAUGAAAGCUAAAGCCUGUACUGGUUCUCGUACAAACAUGAAUAGUUCCUCAGCUUUGCACGCGGUACCAGAAAGUGGCAAUGGUGCCAUGGACAUGCAAUCACAAGGCCGACUGACAAGUUCCAGACGAAUUCGGGUUCCAAAAAGAAGUCCCUCGACUAGUUCCUUUCAAUAUGUCAGUACUCCGUAUCAUGGGAGUACUUUAACUCUCCAACCUGAAACAUUUGCCAGUUCGUUUAGUUUAAAAUCGGUUAAAAAAACCGACGGGAAAGAACCUCCAGUUAAGAAGAACAAAUUUUUCGACAUUUCGCUUUUGAAAGAUCCUUUGUAUUUAGUCAUUUUAAUAUCAAAUGCCACAAAUGCUGUUAGUUAUACCAAUUUCAUAAUACUACUUCCGUCGUUUGCGAAAGAGUUGGGUUACAACAUGACAAUGGGUGCUUUGCUAUUGUCAAUUGUUUCGGCUCUUGAUCUUGUAGGAAGAAUCGGUGGUUCAGCUUUAUCAGAUUUACAUUUGUGUCCAAAAGCUGCGUAUUUUAUCGGUGGUCUUUUGGUGUCCGGCAUUUCACUUGGAAUCAUGCCAUUUUUCACUGGCUAUGGUAUGAUUAGUUUCUUUUGUGCUAUCUUUGGUUUGGCGUCUGGUAUUUACGUGGGAGUUACUGCUGUGAUAAUGGCAGAUAUGCUAGGUGAAGAACGAUUACAAUCAACUUAUGGUAUAUCUCUGUUUGUAAAUGGAAUUUUACAAUUAAUAGGCCCUCCCCUUUGUGGCAUCUGGUUUGAACAGACAAAAUCCUUUGUAUCAUUGUUUUGUAUUUUAGGUGUUAUUCUUGUUGUUGGUGCCUCUAUUUGGGUCUUCGUCCCCUUUAUACGAAAGCCUCAGUGUGAGGACAGUGAUGAUGAUGAUGAAUCAUCAUAGUUUCAAUGUUUUUAAAUUGGUUUCUUAAUGUUUUGUGUUUUUUAAUUAUUACUUUUCUGUUCUUUUCCUGAAUGUACAUUAUUUUUUCUAGGAAAAAUAUUUAGCAAGUAUUUAGUUGUUUAUUAGAUACUUUAUAUAUUAUUACUACUACUACUACAGUCAGGACACAUUCCAGCUCAAAUCUUUUGACUCAUUGAUCUGUAUAGAGGUCUUCCUGACGAUAUUUUGAUGACUAAACUUUUAUUUCAUCAUUUUUUCCACUAAAUAUUGUCAUAUUUAUUAAAGCGAACUGUUCAAAUUUCAAACUGAACAACUACUUAUCCAUAUCAAAGAAGGUGCUUUCAAGUUCGAGUAUUUGUAUUUUUAUAUUGUUAUUUAUAUGAAGUGUACAAUUUCAACUUACAUUGUGAUAUGAACUUAUUAAACGUCCCCUGUAGGUUACCGAAAAUAAAAUUACACAAACUUUAA